GGCCACGCGCCAAGAGGUCGCUUGGCAGCCCGAGGGGAGCUACAAAGUGCCUGUUGCAGAGAAAGACGCGCUCCCGCAUGCGAGCGAGGGCCAAAGGUCUUUGUCAGAGGUACAAGAGAGCGCCCAAUUUUUGGUGCAAGAUGCCAUGGCAAAAGCUAUCAUGGAAAGUCUUCUCGCCAAAGCCGACUUGCCACAUGAGACCAUCGCUUUGAUCAAUCUUACUCCCUACGACGGGAUGUUGGAGCGGGCUACACGUUCAUGGCAAGAGUCCAACCCAGGCACCAACAUCAACUUCAGGUCUUUAAGCAUGACAAAGAACUUGAGCACUGCACAGUUCGUGGAGAAGACAGUAGCACUAGAGUUGCUUGAGGAAUGGAAGUCUGGACAUGCUCGUUUCAAAGACGUCCGUGCAUACGAGCCAAAGCCACCAGCACAAGCGCCCAACAGCAAGUUGGAGCUGUCAUCCUACCCAUUGCGGCUUGCAAAGGUGGAGUAUGAUGCCACGCCAGGCAAGCGUGGCUGGGAACGUUACAAGGUAUCACUCCCAGCUUCCAUUCGAGCCAGGCAUGUGGAGGACGUUGUCCACGGAGCUGACUGGAAACAACUCCUGGAACAAUUUGACUCAAGGUUUAAUGACUCAAGUUUGUUCCACUUGAGUGCGAAGUCUUUGGAGGUUGCACCUGCGGAGCCGGUCGAGCAAGAGGUCUUGGAACCAUGGGACGAGCCUCUCACGAUGGAGGACCUCCUUGACAAAUACAUUUUGGAAAGCAAGAUGAGCGGUCGCGUGGCAAAUACGACCCUGGUAUUGACGAGGGCGAAGCAGCGCGAUGGAACAGUGAGCCAAAUUGUUGAUGGUCAACAAUUCAAGCUGUUUCUAGAGACUUGGCUUACUGUUGGUCUGGAUCGAAUUUCCAACCCGUCCAACUUUCGCGCGUGUCAAUGGGAACAGGUAUAUGUCUUUCGCCCUUUAGCAUUUUGGCCCAGGUCUCCUUCUCUGAUGUCACCUUGGGGACUGGUGAGUUUCAAAUUGCCCACGGUUCGAGCCGAUUUAUGA